CUCUCUCAGAAAUUUUACUAAUGCUCUGUGUGCCCUAUGUAAUUGAAUUCAUAGGGCAACCGUAGAUUUGGUUUUAGGGUUUAUCGAUUCUGUUUUUUGUUAGAAAUGGCGGAUGAAGCUUUAAGGGUGAUGAUGCCUAAUCCGAGAAGGCCUCACUUCUUUGCCUUCUUCUCUGCUGAUUUGAGCUCAGACCGACUGAAAAUACCUGAGAGGUUUAUGAUUCACAUGGAAGGCAGAACAUCCGGAGUGGUUGUGUUGUCUGGACCUAGCGGGAAUGUGUGGAAUGUUCACUUGAUCGAACAGAAUGGUGAUUUGUUCUUCCAUUAUGGGUGGCCGGCAUUUGUGAGAGACCAUUCCCUAGAAUGUGGUGACUUCUUGAUUUUCAGAUAUGAUGGCGAGUUGCAUUUCACUGUGCAAGUUUUUGAUCAAACUGCGUGUGAGAAAGAAGCCGCGUUUCAUACCCGAUGUGGCCAAAGUUCUAGCUACUUUGAGAAACUUGUCGGACGGAAAAGGGCCAGGGAGGAAGGAUGUGGACUUGACAGGUUAUUUGAAGAAUCGACUUCUUCCCAGCAUACAAAGCCUUAUGAAAAUCCUGGUUUGGAUGUAGUCAUAUUCAAAGCAAAGCAAGCCAUCCAAAAUAGUUUGAAUGAUAGAAAUUCUAUGCAGAUAACUCCGGCACAUGAAGUAGCUCAAUCAUUUAGCUCCUCUAAUCCUUAUUUUCUGAGAAUCAUGAAAAAUUUCAACAUCAGUGGUUCAUAUACUUUGAACAUUCCAUAUAAAUUUUCAGUGGCACAUCUACCAAACUGUAAAGUAAAGAUUGUCCUUCUGAAUUUGAAAGGAGAAAGUUGGACUGUCAAUUCUGUGCCAACUACAAGAGUGCAUACAAGUCAUACUCUCUGUGGAGGAUGGAUGGCUUUUGUCCGGUAUAAUGACAUAAAGCUAGGGGAUAUCUGUGUUUUUGAACUUGUACGCGAGUGUGAAUUUCGUGUCCAUAUUCAAACUGGAGAAUCAUCUAGUAGGUUGUGUGCUCCGAUAACUUUGAAAGGCUUGUCAAAGAAAGCCAAGGGGAACUCUUCUAAAGUCCAUACGAAGAGCCUAAGGAAGAUAGAGAUGGCUGAGACAAGGAAACAUGGAAACACAUCAAAAUCUAUUGCCAAAGGCGCACUUUCCUCUCAGUCCAAAGCAGCCAGUAAAAAGUUGGCUACUCGCAGGAAAAAAACUGUUGAGGAUGACCAAGGGUCAAAAGCUGAGUUAAGAAUGAGGUUGUCACUUGUCGAAGAAAAAGCAGCUCAAUCUUUCACUUCUUGCUUCCCAAGUUUUGUGAAGAUCAUGAAGAAGUUCAAUAUCAGUGGUUCAUAUACUUUGAAAAUCCCAUACCAGUUUUCAACAGAACAUCUACCCAACUUCAAAACAGAGAUCGUGCUUCAAAAUUCAAAAGGGGAAAGUUGGACCGUGAACUCUGUUCCAGACUCAAAAGGGCGAGUGGUGCAUACGUUCUGUGGUGGGUGGAUGGCAUUUGUACGUGGAAAUAAUAUCAACAUUGGAGAUAUCUGCAUUUUUGAACUUGUUGGUAAGCGUGAAAUGCGAGUGCACAUAUCUGGUGCUGAUAAAAAUGGCUUUGAUCAUCAAGCUGGAGAAGCAACGACUAAUGCAGUGUAGCUAGUGUAAUCUACCAGAAUUUGUACAUUUUGUGACACAUGGUUCAAGCUCAACUAUCCAUGAAGUCAUGUUUUCUAUUUGAGUUUUGUUCUGCUCUAAUCAUGUGUAGGUCUGUAUCUGCUAACAAAACUCUCUCAAUGCGGACCUUUUCAUCCUUUUCUAUUAUCUACGGUCAUAUUAUUCCCGGUGUCA